AUGCUCAAACAAUACCACGAAGACCUAGCUCCUGUGGUUUAUGACAUUGUGUGCUGUAGUAUAAGUCAAUGUUGUUAUCCAUCACUCUACAAACAUGCCCUAAUUUCCCCUGUUCCUAAAGUGCAACCGCCGAGAGACAUUAACAAUGAUUUCCGCCAGAUAUCAGUCUUACCCCAUCUUGCCAAGAUCCUGGAAAAGAUCCAGCUCCAGUUAAAUAUUGAAGACCUGAAAAUUAAGAAUAACCAGCACGCGUUUACUCAACAUCGAAGCACAGUCUCUGCGUUAAUAUCAACUACCCAAACCUGGUUUAAUGCCACUGAUUGUUCAAAAACAGGCAAAAUGGGGGUUCAUGCGGCCUUCAUUGACUUUCGUAAGGCCUUCGACCUUGUGGAUCACAAUAUUCUUUUGAACAAAUUAGCAGCUAUGAACAUAAAUAAACCCUUCUGGUUAUGGAUUAAAAGUUUCCUUUCCGGAAGAGUUCAACAAGUAAAUCUCAAUGGUACCUUAUCAUCCAUUGCAACAUGCCCGGCCGGAGUCCCGCAAGGCUCUGUAAUAUCUCCCAUUCUUUUUAAUACCUACAUUGAUGAUUUGGAGGACGCCUUACCAGAACAACUAAAAGUCAGUACGAAUAAGUAUGCAGAUGACUGCACACAACACCAAAUAGUGAGCGUAGAUUCUAAUAGUAAUUUACAACAAUCUAUCAAUGAAGUAAAUAACUGGGCGGUGUUAAAUAAAAUGGCAAUUAAUGCUAAAAAAACUAAGGACAUGUGGAUCUCGUUCACGGACGCUAUACCUGAACCACCACGUCUUCGUAUUGGAAAUGAGUUGAUAGAAAGGGUCAACGCUUUUAAAUUACUUGGCGUGUCGUUCCAAAAUAAUCUAAAAUGGAACGCACAUGUUGAAGAGAUUACACGUAAAGCAAAUAAACGCCUUUACCAUCUUAGAGAAUGCAGGAAAUCGCAGUUACCAGCUGAAGUCGGUAUUAUUACCUAUCAAUCCAAAAUAAGACCAAUUCUCGAGUAUGCAUCACCUGUCUGGGCGGGACUCCCUAAUUACCUGCGAGAUGAAAUAGAGCGGGUUCAAUCCAGGAGCUUAAGAAUCCUUGGCCUGGAAAAAGAUUACCUACCACCGUUGAACGAAAGAAGGGAAGAGGCAACUAGUCGAGAAGUUGAUAGGUUUAUGAACGAUCCACACCAUCCCUGUCGCAGUGUUUUGCCAAAAUUAAUUAACAAUCAGUACAAUUUAAGGAACAUUGACCGGAAUCGCAAUAUAUCAUUCUUCUCAGGAACUGAAAGGCAUAAACAUUCAUUUUCAGGUAGAGCUUGUAAAUAUGUAUAA